CAACCGACGUCUGAAAUUACAAUAGAUGGUAAAACUUUUGCGGAGAAAUAGCUGUUACUGAAAGCGAAGCUGACUUACGUGCCUUAGCUCAACAAUUGCCCCAGCGAAUUUUUAAGAAAUAUUUUAUCAUGGCGCCUAGCGAACGGGAGUCAAUGGGUUCGCCAUUUGUUUUUAUCCUCUCUGUGGGCGCGAUUCAAAUUUUCGGGAUCUUGGCCAUGGUUCUCACUGGCAUAUGGAUGGGAAAAUAUCUCGGUGGAUUUGCUUGGGAUGGAACAGCUUAUGAGUUUAACUAUCAUCCUCUAUGUAUGGUUAUCAGUAUGGUGUUUUUAUACAGCGAAGCUAUGAUUGUGUAUCGAGUGUUUCGCCAUGAAAACAAAUUCUUCAUCAAGCUGGUUCACUUUGGUCUUCAGCUAGUAGCCUUUGUAAUUGCAGUCCUGGGUCUAAAGGCCGUGUUCGACUUCCAUAACCAUAAUGGAAUUCCUAAUCUCUACAGCCUCCAUAGCUGGUGUGGAUUGUCAACCAUAAUUCUCUUCUCUUGUCAGCUUCUUUUUGGUUUUGUGAGCUUUCUUUUCCCCAAGCUGCCAGACAGUCUUCGUGCAGCAUACCUUAAAGUACAUGUGUUCUUUGGUAUGUUUAUUUUUAUGAUGGUCAUUGGCACAGCGCUCAUUGGAAUCAACGAGAAGCUUUUCUUCCAGUUGAGCACAAAAUAUUCCACACUACCUGCUGCGGGGCAACUAGGCAAUGUGCUGGGCAUCACACUUAUCAUUUUAGCUGGCACAGUCAUGUUUGUGGUGACAAACUCUGCAUUCAAGAGGGUUGACACAGAUGAAGAACGUGUGUCCUUGAUGAAUGACAAAUAAUUGAACAAUAUUCAUUAUUUUA